GUGACACUUGCCGUUCAUUACCUACUUGCGCGUUCGGAGUCUUAAUUUAAGUUUUAACAGCUUGCAUUCAUUUACUACCUCCUCCGAAACGGAUCACGUAUCUACCUACAUACUUUUUGGCUCCAUGUCAUGAGUGAGUACCUGCCUGAUACACAUAACUAAACAUUAUAUAAUGAUCUAGAGCUUGAGUGGGGCAAUGGCUGCCGAAGUGUACUUGUACAUCCUUGUAGCCAGGUACAAGGAUGAGUCUGGACGUGGGUCCAAUGCUAUCGUUGUGUAGAUAAGUCGAUACAGAGCCAGGUCCACGGGUUCUAAUCAAAGCGAAGAUAUACGCGAGCUCGUUUUCUUUUCGGCGCCACGAUUCCUGCGACUAUCCAUAACUCCAACUGAGCAUCCCAGCGGUCGGACCGGCUAGGCCUACGUUAUGAGGAGUUCCAAACCCGUCUGCCUGCUCUGCCGUCUACAAGCCGCCCAGAGAGCAAGUAAGACUGGUGCUGCGCAAUGGCAGACCCAGCCCGCUCGUCUCUUCACCAGAUUAUUGUUUUCGCGACGUGAUACACCAGGCGCCAGCAAUGCCGCGCCAAACGGUGCUAUUGCACCCGACCCAAAAUCUACGCAAUCGCUGUCACCCCCGCAGGUGCGAAGAAUACCGUCCACAAGACAUCAUCUGGAGUCCAAUACUCGAGGGCCCCAUUUCCAGCUAUCGCAGUCGAAGGCAACCGGAAAGCCGCCUUCUUCUCGAGUAGAUGCGCUCUUCCAACAGAUCAUCCAAGAGCAGGACAGCCUUCAUGCUGACACCGGCCACCCCCCCGAACCUGUGAGGGCGUCAACCGAUAUUGCCCUUGUCAAAGCUAUCGGAAAGCUUCAAGACAUGGUAGAUGGUGACGUCCCAGUGUCAGAUGCCUACCUAGUCUUCCAGUCUGAGAUAAUACCUGUCAUCCAGGUCCCAGGCACUCAUGUGCCUCAGGCAUAUCACAAAGUCACGCUUGCGCUGCUUGAGAAGCUUGUUGCGGCUAAGAAAGCCGACAUGUAUACGGACACACUUCCUACCCUCGCUAAUAUAUUCCGAAUAUAUGCGGAACUCGACGAAUUGCAACCAACGCAAUGGGCUAUUCUUGUGGGCGAGUUGAUCCAAUGUAUCGUUGAUAUGGACUCUUCAGCAGAAACUGAGUCCAUUGUCCAGUUCGAGAGGAUCGAGAGGAACGCUGCUCUGCGAAAAGUCAUGUUGGGAGAUCUUAUUGAUUCAUGGAAAGUCUUUUCUCUGCCUCGACUUGCCACAUCACCGAUAGGUGAGAAUCAGUUGACCAAAGGCUUCUGGUUUCCAAGGCUAGAUAAAUUUGCUUUAUCAAAGUUCUCCAAGAAAGGCAAUUUUUCUGCGGCAUUCAGUACUCUGUUUCCUCAAUAUCCACGUAACCACCUCGGCGAACCUGUUGCUGUGUUGGCUAUUGCAACGUUUGCUCUAAUGCACGAUAGCCAAAUGUGCCCGGUUGAUGUCAGGCAAAAUGCAACACGGUUCAUGUCUAAAGUAGCCUCCUUGCUCAUAUUCGUCGAUUAUCGCGAUGGCGCUCUUCAGAAUGAUCUUCGCAACACAUUUCCCGGAUUGGAGAGGUACGUCAUGGAGCUUUGGCCGAAAAUCAAAGAGCAUCUCAAGCAGGAAUCCGCGUCCCUAGACGGAGGACCUACCGAUAUGUAUAGGCCUCUUGUGCCCACGAAGGAGGUGCAAGCGAACCUCAUUUUUAAUCCAACUUCGAUUGGGUAUCGUCUGAGCCGAUUACAUGGAACUGGGAAUGUUAGGGAGCUGGACAAACUUUGGGAGGAGUUUGUUGGCUCCGAAGUGACGAUUUCAAAAGAAAGGGCCGAUCAAAUUCGGCUGAACCCCCACCUCAUCGACUCCUUCAUCAAAACACGCAUGACAUUUAACCAACCCGAUAAGGCCAUAGCCACAUGGAACCUCAUUGGAAAAGUUGGCCUAAAGCCCAGUCUAAGAACUUGGAAUUUGAUGCUUGACGGCCUAAGGAAAGCAGGCAACGUCGAUGGGAUCAAGAACAUAUGGAUCAAGCUUGCUAGAUCCGGACUGAAACUAGACACCGCAAUAUGGACAACCCGUGUUGCGGGGCUAAUUGACUGCGGUGAUGUUGAGGGCGGUCUCCAAGCACUAGAAGAGAUGGCUAGGUUGUGGGAAAGGGAUCCAACUAAGACUACUGCUGUUGCACCCACGAUAGAGCCAGUCAAUGCUGCCCUUGCGGGAUUGGUUCACACAAGGCAGCAUGGCGUCGCAGAGAAGUUGUUAGCCUGGGCUGGUAAGAAAGGUAUCAAACCAGAUGUUGUCACCUUCAAUACUAUGCUGCGUCUGGUAAUUCGUGAUGGAAACCGCCACAAGGAUGUUGAGCAGCUUUUCACUGCUAUGCAGGCUCAAGGCGUUCGUGCAGAUGAGGCGACGUUUACCAUAAUCCUUGAUGCUUCUUUCUCGAAAGAUGACGUACGAGACCCUGAGGAUCAAGCCAACAUUGUCACCAAUGUUGCGUCCGCAAUGUCUGCCGCUGGCCUGGAGCUUAACAUACAAACAUACGGCAAGAUGAUAUACCUGCUCUUGCGCUCCAAUGCCACAACAGCCGCCAUGGCUGUUGUGAACCACUUAUAUAACCGAAAUCUCGAACUUUCACCACACAUCUAUACAAUGCUCGUCGAGCACUGCUUCAAGCAAACUCCACCAGCUCUUGACUCGGUACGCUUGUUUGUACAGCGCCGACGCCACCUCGAUUUUGAUGAUAUGGACCGUAUUUUCUACGAUCGUGUCGUCAAGAAUUAUGCUCUAGUUGGCGAGGUCCAUGCCGCUCUCGACAUUUACAAACACGUGGUUGGGGCCGGCUCGAGUGUGCCUCUACCAACACUGACCGACCUAUUAGUAGCCUUGAUCCGCCAGGAUCGUUUUCAGGAUGCUAGGGUCAUGGUGAAUACUGAGAAGAAACGGUUCGAAAAUCAGCGUCCGGACUCGGAAGAGCAUGUUCAAUAUUGGGGUAACCGAUUCUGGCAAAUCGCACAAAAGUAUAAUCUACUAGAUUCUCCGCUACCCUCGCCUCAAGUGCCUAGCGUAUGAUGGGGAUCCGAUACAGAGUCUACUACAGUCUCUUAAUCCCCUUUACUAGAUAUCAAAAUACCAUGUUCAUAGGCCGAGGCAUCAUGGUCAUUUCAAUUGUAUAAUAGUGUAUACACAUAUAAAGGAGAGGCAUGGCGCGUAGACAUUUCGUGCCCGUUAUAGAGCGGCCCUCGUAAUUGGAAUGACGCGUUUUAUCCCGGACUCGAAA